AUGGCCAAGCGGGUGAUUCACGAGCUGGUGCCGAAAUUCACAAAGAAGGUCAUUGAUUUGGUGGAGGACCGGUGCUUCAAGUUUGAGAAGCAGUCAAAGGGUCUCGACGAGCGUCUCCUCCAGGCCACGCGGGAGCACGAGCAUGAUUUCAUCAUCUCGAUGCUCAAAAGAUCAGUGUCUUUCGUGAUGCUGGAUGUUUUCCUGGAAAAGCUCGAAGUGGAGAAUGCCGACUUGCUGUAUGUUCAGUAUCCUGCCAUGGUCGAAGUUUGCGAAAGCAUUCAGGAAGAUUCCGUGGACCACGACGAGCUGGACGACAUUCCCAGGAUCUUAAAACGGCGCAUUGACGACGGAGGUGUGGAUGAAGAAGGGGCCCCUGGCCCAAGUCCGGUUGGACGUUGCACGCUUGCUCGAUCACAUUCAGCAAGCACUGAUCGAAGCACUUCUUUCAGGAGAUCAGUGACUUCCUCGCACUGCGUCUGA